AUGCCUAUACCCCGACAAGCCUUUCCCCUUCGUUCUCGUCUCAACCACAGGGCUUUCUCCGCGGCCGGUCCGCUGCGGUCUGAUCGCCCCCCUGUAUCGCAGCAACCAGACCUAAACUUGUCGCCGGCGGAAGAGUCUUCUGCAGUGUCGGAGUCAAAUGUCUCGGCAAAUCCAUCCCAUAUUCCCUGGUAUUUGCAAGAGGAGACGCCAACGGACGAGAAACGGCCUGUGACAGGUGAUCAUAUCCCAAAGAUCCCCGAGAAUGCGCCUCAAAUGUUGCCGAUCCUUCUUGAAUACACAUAUAAAGACCUUGGUCUGGAUGAUAUGAAGCUCUUUGAUUUGCGCGGGCUCGAAAUACCGGCUGCAUUGGGCGCCAAUGUCAUCAUGAUCGUUGGAACAGCUCGCAGUGGGAAGCACCUCAAUGUUGCCGCGGAUCGCCUGUGUCGGUGGCUUCGGAGCCAAUUUAAACUCGCCCCUUAUGCUGACGGAUUACUCGGCCGCAAUGAGCUCAAGAUCAAGCUUCGACGAAAAGCCAAGCGAGCGCGCGCAGCUGCUCAUGCUGGGAGAAUGGUUGACGAGAAGGACGAUGGGAUUACUACGGGCUGGAUUUGUGUGAAUGCGGGCGUGGUGGACAAAGAGGCGCCGAAGAUGGAUCUGAACGAAGCUGGAUUUGAAGGAUUCGGUCAACUUAACACGGGUACCACUGUGGUAGUUCAGAUUUUUACUGAGGAGAAAAGAGCGGACCUAGACCUGGAUGGCCUUUGGAACGCGACUUUGGAACGGGCCGAGCAGCAGAGACUUCAAUAUGGUACUGAGCCAGUACCUACAGCCGAGUCGCCGUCUACUAGCAAUCUUUUUUCGGCGGCGGCGCUAAACCCGGUGGGCAGAGGAGAGGCAUGCAUGCCUCAGCCCAUUCCGCGAACUCAUCCAGCCUAG